CACCAAAAAUUGAAAACAGAACAAUGUCUUCCUCUUUAGAAUCAAAUCUUGUCAACUAUGGCUUCCUUAUCAUUAGUGCAAUUUUGUCUAUCAUCUUCCUUAGUUUCAUCAAGUCUAUCAUCAAUUUCAUCAAGCAUAGAUUCCAUUAUUCCCACAACCAAGCUAAUGAAGGAGGAGAGCCAAAUGAAGCUCCUCCUCAAAAAGUUAUAACAAUUGAGGUACGUCCAGACAUGUCGUUGGAUGAGAUAAACAUACUGACUGAUAACUUUUGGGAGAAAGCUCUGAUUUCUGAGGGAUCUUAUGGACGCGUUUAUGGUGCUAAAUUAAGCAAUGGCCAACAAGUAGCAAUAAAGCAAUUGGAUACUAGUUCUUCUGCAGAAUCAGAUACUGUCUUUGCAGACCAGGUACAAAUGGUGUCAACACUUAAGCAUGAGCAUUUUGUGACUCUGUUAGGUUAUUGCUUAGAAGCAAAUAAUCGAAUCUUGGUUUACGAGUUUGCAACCAUGGGCACAUUGCAUGAUGUAUUACAUGGUAAAAAAGGAGUAGAAAGUGCUGAGCCUGGUUCAGUUCUUACCUGGAAUCAGAGAGUUAAAAUUGCUUGUGGUGUAGCUAGCGGCCUUGAAUAUCUACACCAAAAAGUUGAACCGCGAAUUAUUCAUCACGAUGUUAGAUCUAGCAAUGUACUACUGUUUGAUGAUUUUAUAGCAAAAGUUGCUGAUUUCGACUUGACAAAUCAGUUCUCAGACGCUUCCACUAGAGUUCAGGAGAGUUAUGGCUACCAUGGUCCAGAGUAUGCCUUGGGAGAAAAGAUAACAGACAAAAGUGACGUUUAUAGUUUUGGAGUUGUUCUCUUAGAGCUGUUGACAGGAAGGAAGGCAGUAGAUUAUACAAUGCCUGAAGGGGAACAAAGUCUUGUCACAUGGGUCUCUGUCCGCUUGGAAGAUUAUUCUUUGCUCCUCAGAAAAAAGGCAACUCCACUAUUAAGUGAUGACAAAGUGAAAGAGUGUGUUGAUCCAAAACUAAAUAAUGAGUACCCUCCAAGGGCAAUUGCUAAGGUGGCAGCUCUUGUAGCACUUUGUGUCCAAGAAGAACCACUUUUCCGACCAAACAUGGCAAUUAUGGUCAAGGCACUGCAGCCACUUCUCAAUGCAGACUAAACCAGGAUCAGCGCCUUGUUCUACAACAUACUUGAUUGGAACAAGUAGUCAGAGGUGGAUUCAAGAUUUAAGGUUUAUGAGUGUCUUAACAGAUACUGUGGAUCCGGCCCCCACAAGGAAGGGCUAAUUUUCAAUAUCAACAAGGUUGUGGUCUAAGUCAAGGAUUCUAGUACUACAGAUAAAAUGUUAUUUCUCUUCGUGUCGUCUUCUACAAGUUGAAACCAUUUCGAGAUUUUGCUGUAACCCAUUUUUUUCUGUUUUUUUUUAAUAAGAAUGAUACUUGUACAAA